UCAUACACUGGGUACACUGUAUCGCCUGGGUGGACAGUAUAGUUACUUCUACAUUAAAUGGAAUAUAAUGUCGCGGGUUUAUGUAAAUAGAGACGUCGCCAGAGUCUAAUUAAUGAGCGCGUCUCCAUUAAAAUAGGUGACCUCUGAAUCGUGCGGCGGCGAGAGCUAUCGCCGGGUUGAACAGCAAUAUUUUCAGGGAGAGGAGUGACGUCCUCCUCACCACAGCAACAGCAGGGAGGCUGGCCAGUUUUGUCCCCGUUGAGCAAACAGUGAACUAAGGACCCUCACUCCACACCCUCACACAUCUCUGCAGCGCCCACCCUUCACUCUCGCUGCCUUUUGGCAAGGGAGCCAACCGCGUCGUCACACCACAGCCGGGCAGAGAAAUGUGUGUGUGCGUGUCUCCUGGGAUGCAUGACUGUGUCUGAGUAUUUUUGUGCACGAGUAAGAGGUUGUAGGCUGCACUUCCUCUCUCACCCUCUGAAAGGCACUUCGCCACUUGACUGACCACGACAUUUGUCUCCACAACUGCAAAGGAUCAUGGGGAGGAAAAAGAUUCAGAUCCAGCGGAUCACCGAUGAGAGGAACAAGCAGGUGACGUUCACCAAGCGAAAGUUUGGCUUGAUGAAGAAGGCGUACGAGCUGAGUGUGUUAUGUGACUGCGAGAUUGCCCUGAUCAUCUUCAACCACUCUAACAAGCUGUUCCAGUAUGCCAGCACUGACAUGGACAAGGUCCUGCUCAAAUAUACAGAGUACAACGAGCCUCACGAGAGCCGGACCAAUGCCGACAUCAUCGAGACGUUGAGAAAGAAAGGUUUCAACGGUUGUGACAGUCCAGAGCCCGAUGGGGAAGACUCGAUCGACCAGAGCCCCCUAAACGACGACAAGUUCCGCAAGACCACCGAGGACCUGGACAUUCUCUUCAAACGCUACGGACAGUCCACAGCCCCGCCCCCGACGUUCUCCAUGCCAGUCACAGUCCAGGCGUCCAAUCAGAACACACUGCAAUUCAGUAACCCCGGCAACGCCCUGGUAACCACCUCCUAUGUGACAUCGUCAUCGCUCUCUGAUCCCCACCUCCUGUCGCCACAGCAACCGGCUCUUCAGAGAAACACAGUGUCUCCUGGGUUGCCACAGCGACCAGCCAGUGCAGGCGCUCUUCUCGGAGGCGACCUGAAUAAUUCAAAUGGAGGAUGCCCAAGUCCAGUCCCAAAUGGUUACACUAGUGCCAGGGCCUCCCCAGGCCUCCUCACGGUUUCCAAUGGCAACAGUCUGGGGAAAGUAGUUCCGGCCAAGUCUCCACCCCCACCUCCCAGCCCCCAGAUGGUCAACAGCCGCAAGCCAGACCUCCGAGUCAUCACCUCACAGGGCGGAAAGAGCCUCAUGCAGAUGAACGCCCAGCGAUUGGCAGCAGGAGCCCAGGUGGCACAAACCCUCACCACGCCUGUGGUAUCAGUAGCCACACCCAGCCUCCUGGCACAGGGGCUGCCCUUCUCUGCCAUGCCCACCGCUUACAACACAGAGUAUCAGCUGACGAGCGCUGACAUCACUGCUUUACAUGCCCUGGCGUCACCCGGUGGCUUGUUGCCAACCAACGUGUCCACAUGGCAACAGCAGCAGGCCGUUUCCCAGCAACCACAGCAGCAACAGCAGCAGCAACAACAGCAGCAACAGCAACAACUUAAUCUUGCGUCACUCAGCAACUUGGUCAUGUGGGGCGUGGACAAACAGAACAGCGAGCUGUCUAGCCAGGUGUCCAGUCUGGCUGCCAAUCUGAGUGUUGGCUCUCCGUCCAACCUGCUCUUGGGUAGAGAUGAAUGGUUGGGCCGGCCCGUGACCCAUAUACCUCAAGGCGCCAUGUUGACUGUCAACACAAACUCCAGUGUGAGCAUUAAGUCGGAGCCUGUCUCGCCUGGCCGAGAUCGCAGCACCCCUUGCCCUCCGCCCUCUUCCACCACGCCGUCCUCGACCUCGGGAGGCGCCAUCUUGACCGCGCCGCCCCAGUACCCCGGCUCCCUGCUCUGCUUGGAGCCGCCGACCGGCCGCUCCCCCGCAGACAGUGUAAGCAGCAACGCCAGUUCCUUUGAAGGCAGCGAUCGCGACGACGCCGGGGCGGUCGGUGGCGGCGGCAGCACGGGUGGUGGCGGCGGCAACGGCAGCGUCGCAGCAGCAGGCGCCACAGGAAGCGUGAGCGCUGCCAGCCGGUCCCUGCCUCCCGACUUCAGCCCCUCCGCCGAGCUCCUCAGGGUGCAGAACGAACCGGAGCAGGAGGGAGGAAACAUCAAGCGCAUGAGAUUGGACACCUGGGUCACAUAGAGGCAGCAGCGAGGAUUCUCAGCACCCCGAGUGAAAUCUCGGUGACACUUAACCACCCACCUGUCACCCACGACACACAAACGCACCCACACUCAUCCCCUGAACCUCCACUGCCCCGACCCCCACUGCCAUGUGACACUACCAUCACACAUCUGCCUCUGUCCAAAAUUACACAACUGUCCACUCAGCUGCUUUACCCAGACUUAAAAGGCAUUGCCAAAAAAAUUACUCUGGGGAUCACGCUCUGAGUGAAGGAAGGAUGGCUUAAAGCUCAGCUGGAUAUUUUGUCCACGAUAGGCCACUGAAUAGACACAAAGUAGAAUCUCAAAGCCUUCUUGCUUGAAUGGACUCCCGUAUAGUCAUUUCUUUUUGGUAGACUUGAGGCUUAAGACAUUUUGCAAUCUGAGGAAACCUUAAGAAAACAUUUAUCUCUCACGUGGUUUCAGCGUUUAAAGCCGAUGUGAAACCAAAUCUACACAGGUAGAUCAUAGUCAGCAGCAUCACCUUCAUGUAUUUACAUCCAGCUCGGCGGUGUGGUCGGUGCCGCUCAGGCUGGUUGUCAACAUUCAUGGGACUUGACGCCAUAUUGACUGUCCACUCCUGCUCUGCGAAAAUUCAAUGUCAUUUGCGACGUGCGCUGUCCAUUCUUCCAUAAAAUCACUUCCAAAAAAGCACUUUUGGAAAUAACUUUAUUUGGACAAGCGAAGACUGAUCAUAUAUUAUCUGGCACUGAGCAAAGACACCCCGACAGGCUCUUCUAGGUAAGGAUAAUUCACCACGAAUGGAUCUUUUCCGCUGCCACAAUUACCAACCUCGUACCCUCGCCCAGCCCUCAGGUGGCACUCUGUCGUCAACUUGUGCUGCCAGCCAAGGCUAAGGAGUCGAGCACCUUGCCAGAGUGCCAAUAUCAACCUCUUCAAGAAAAAAAAAAAAAUGCCAAAUGCCUCUCACACACACGGUGCAGGGACGCUGAAGAAUAUCACUCGCACUGUCACAGCGACAAACAAACAACAACAAAAAAAAAAAAAAGAAAAGAAAAAAAUACUAUAUGAAACUGUUAAUGCUUUUCAGGCUUUGAAUUUGCCAUCGCUCUCUCUCCUCAGUUUGGGUGCUCCUCCCGUCCUCUCACCUCAUCACCUUUGGAACUUGGAUGGAAAUUGUUGCACCAGAAAUCCAGCCAGUCGUUCAGCUUAAUAACAGGAAGUAGAUGCCAUCCAGUUUAAUGCAUAGUACGAGUUUUUUGAGCCUCUGGUGGCUUUUGUUAGGGAAAGUAUUUGGUUCUUUCAGUCCAAGUGUUCUUUAUCUGUUGGUAUUUUAAAUCUGUUUUGAAGGUCUGUUAGUUGUCCAGAAGUAGGAAUUCUGACUUUGUACAAAAUCACUCCUUAUACAAAAAAGCUUUGAUGUCCUCUUUAGCUCUCUCUAGCUCUCCUUAGCUCUUUGCGGUGUUUCAAAAAGUGAAAGGAAAAGACAUUUUCUAUAUUUCUACAGCUUCAGUUGGCAACAAAGUAAAAUAGCUUUUCAGCUUAAACAAUGUGUAUGUACAUAUGAGUAUAUUUGCAUAGACUUUGCUAGGUAUCCCUAAAACAAGCAAUGUGUUGAUUCUCAGUGGAUCUGUUUGCAUAUAUGAGUGUGAAUUUGAUAUGUUUCGAGCUACGGUGCAGGGGUUACGCCACACUAGGUAGUGCUGGUGAAUCGGACUCUUUCAGUAACCUAUUGUAUGCUAGUGUUGAUGGUGUGUGCACUUUCUGUCUCUCACUCACAGAGGCCUGCUUGGUCGUGGUGUCAUCCUAGUCUCCCGCCACACAUUUUCCACCCCACGGUCAAAGUCCAAUCAGCUGUUGUCCAAAACCACCAUCACACGAAAUAUGGAAGAGAUUCAUUUGGCCACUGGCGCUCAUGUAAAGGAUUGUCAAGAGAUACAACAGCUAGUUUCCUCAUGGUAGCAUGGUUGAUAAUGAAAUCGUGUAAAACCGUUUUCACAAUAAGCGAACAUUCAGAUCACGCCUCUCACUUUGUACAGCAUGAAAUUCAGUCAAGAAACUGACUGCAAAGUCGUGUGUUAUGUUUUUCUUUGUACGUUUUUAUAGUACAAGUUUGUUUUGAUUGAACCAUUUCAAGUUUUGUGUGGGUGUACACACAUCAGUUUCUAAGAUGAAGCUCAUUAUACAGAUACUAAGUUUUCCCUGGUUGGGUGCCGUUGAGUUUGUUUUGAGACGAUGCUCAAAGUGCAGACGUGUCCGACAACAGCUAUUCAUCGCCUGAUGUUUGUAUCCUCUUGCAACAAUCCUCUGCGUUUGAAGCUUGUGUCGGUGAAACGGCGGAGCAGACGGGCCAGAUAGCAGCCUUAUGAAUCGAUGCCAUUUGGUGCGACUCGUCCCGGCCCGCCUCACCGCGCGAUGUGAAGCCACUGUUCGCUCUGCUUCUUCCUCAGCAUCAAGCCGUCAGGAGCAGAUGCUGACAUUUGCACGCGUCGUGCUGUGGGAGGGUGCCGGGUGUGCGGCGAGGCAAAAAAAAAAAUAACAUCAUGCUGUAUGAUCAUUUCAACUUAGUAUGUGCGCAGCAUACUGAGGCCCCAAGGCACACACUUGUCUAGCAUUUUAGUGCUGUUUGGGUCAGUUUUUAUCACUCACAACUGUGAUAAAAUACGAAUUUCAUCGUAGUGUUUUCUUGUUUACUCAGUCAAACCUGAUAAACAGUUUAACUGAUGUUGGGGAAAUAAUUAUUAAAACCUUAAGCGCCCGCUGAUGAAUGACAGACAUCAGACGGGGCUUCAAACUUGACACUUUGACAGCCAUCAUCUCCAUGCAUCUGCUCAGUAACUUCCCCCACAACACGCAGUCGUUUGCUUUUUACAAAAUUCAUUUCCAUGGAUCGUGGGCGCUGAUGGUUGACUGAAACUUGACACCACACCGAUUGGCUUCGGCACCCUGCCGCACGCAGGUUCGUUCAUGUACAAAAGGUUCUCUGUCCAAUCUAGCAAUGUAGUCUCAAGACAAUCUAUAUGAGAAAUGAAAACCUGCACCCCUGUUACUUGUUGUGUACAAUGUUUUUUAGAAUCUCACUAUUUUUGGAUUGUUAAUUUGUGCUGGUGACAGUUCCAUUGUCUAUUAUUAUAAUGAUAUUAUUAUGGAGCUUUUAUUUUAUUGCUAUUUUGUGUAGAAUAGCCAACUGUUUUUUUUUUAUUAUUAUUAUUAUUUUAUCUUCCUUAUCAUAAACAUAUAGUACUGGUUUCCUUUUUUGAAACAACUUGCUGAAAAUUGCACGAUCAGUUAUUGUGGUAUUAGCAAAUGCAAUGAAGGAAAUACCAGUUAAAUGCUGCAAUUUUAAUUAAGAUAUAGAAUAUAUUUAUAAAACGGGAAACAACUGAAAUUACUAAUUCAUGAAAUUUGAAACAUGUAAAUGCAUGGGAUACAAGUAACAGCAAAAGUUAUGUUACAUACAGUAAUGAUAAAGGACAUGCAUCACAAAUGAGUUUAAAACAACUCAGAAUAAUGUAGCAUAUGAAAUACUAAAGAUGAAAUUUAUAGCUAAUAUAUUGUGUUGAGCUAGUCUGCUUUGGGUUUUGAUGUAAAGAAAUAUUUCUUUUUGUUGUUUUUUUGAGAAUGAUAUACAGUUUGUGUAUAUUUUCAUAUACAAAGUAUGCACUGAUAUGUUAUUAAAAUUCUAUACCGCUUUUACAAAAAAGUGUUUGUUGUACCAAAGUAUCCAAGUCCCUUGAAACCUUAUCCUUUUUGCGUAUGUUUUACCGUAUUUUAUAUAUUAAAUAGACAAACUGAGUGAAA